UAAUAGGGACGGCGAAAUUAAAGAAUUUUCAUUGAUGGGGCAAAUAGCAUCACGUUGUGUUAAAAAACAGGAAAGCUUCCUAAGUCCUAUGGCUGCUGCUGCACUGCCUUCAUUUGGUGUUGUAUAGAAACAGCAUUUAUUGAUCUGUAUUACAUUCCAGAGUAAUACCAUACAAAAAUAGUAGAGCUCAUGGCUAUAUGGCCUUUGAAUGAUAUCUUGCUAGUGCAGCUUUUGAUCAUAUUAUCUCCUGCAUACUUCCUAGAAGCUCAAAUUCAUGACUCCACAGCACAAAUAUCGACAUCAUGGACAAACAAUUUGUCCAUUUCAGCGGGAGACUUCGAUUUCUACCAAAUGAUCUUGAUGAGUGAGUCUGAGUCUUUUGGUUGUGGAUUUUACUCCGAAGACCAGAAAAAUGAUUCCUUUUAUUUUGCAGUUGUAUCACUCCAAAUAUCACGUUUUCCAGAUGGUAGUUAUAAUUUCACUCCUGAGAAUGUCAUAUGGUUGGCAAAUGAAAAUAAGCCUGUUGGGCAGAACGCAACUCUAAAGUUACUUCCAGAAGGAAAUUUGGUUCUGAGAGAUGCAGAUGGAGCUUUAGUCUGGUCUACCAACACGUCUAACAUGUCUGUUGCAGGUAUAAAGAUGAUGGAAACAGGAAUGCUUGUGCUUCAAGGCCACAAUAAUAAGACUGUGUGGCAAUCUUUUAGUACUACAGCGCAUGUGUCCACUUCAUGGACGAAUAAUUAUCGCAUAUCAGCCAUGCCUUAUAAUCCAUAUAAAAUAAUCAUGAUGAACGGAGCUGUUUUUUCUUGUGGAUUUCACUCCAUGGACCGGAAUUCCUUCUAUUUUGCAAUAUGGAAGCAAUCGGAGUAUGCUCGGGAUGCCUUAUGGUUAGCAAACAGAAACAGGCCUGUUGGUGAGAACGCAACUUUACAAUUAUUAACAGAUGGAGAUUUGAUCUUGAGAGAUGCUGCUGGAACUUUCGUUUGGUCUACUAACACAUCUAACAUGUCUGUUGCGGGUAUGAGGAUGAUGGAAACUGGAAACCUUGAGCUCUAUGAUGUCAAUAACAAGACUGUUUGGAAUUCAUUUGAUCAUCCUGCUGACGUACUGUUUCUUGGGAACAAAUUAGUGGCAGGACAAAAGCUGGUGGCAAGUGUUUCGAAAACUGAUAGAUCUGAAGGUGGCUUCAGCCUUUUUGUGAUCCCACAAGCUUCACCUGAUGAGCCGAAUACAAUGCUUACAAGCACCGUUAAAUACUCAGCGACGGCUUACAUGAAAUUUGAUCCUGAUGGGCAUCUCAGAAUUUAUGAUGGCAACAUGAUUGACGGGGUUGAUCUGUUGACAGAUAUGAUGAGUGCAUGUGAUUACCCAACAACUUGUGGUAAUUAUGGGCUGUGCUUCAAUGGGCACUGCUCGUGCCCAGCAGGUUUUGCUCGAGCCAAUACCCCAAAUGAUCAAGGCAACUACAAUUGCUGGCAGAUGAGUCCAACCACAUGUGAAAAUCCAAAAUCCCAUUCUCUUCUUCCCCUGGAAGAUGUCUACUAUUUCAAUUAUGUUGACCCUGAGGCGGCGGUCCUGAACGGAACAGACAUGAAGAGUUGUAAAGAUGCAUGUUUGAAAAAAUGUUCAUGCAACGCUGCUCUAUUUCAGUAUCACGGUAAUGAUUCUCAUGGGAAUUGUUUUUUGCCCUCACCAGUUCUUACACUAAUUGCUGAUGGCAAGGAAAGAAAUAAUUACUAUUCUUAUGCCUUCAUCAAAAUUUCUAAUGAUGGAGAGAAUGGAAGUGCUUUUACAUCUUCUAUCAAUCCUACAUCUUCUAUCAAUCCUAAAAUAAUAGCAGGAUCAACUAUUGGAGCCAUCCUUCUUAUGAAUUUAAUUGUUGGUCUAUGUAUUAUGGUUUUGAGGAAGAAAAGAGAUCGAGAGGAAGGAAUGGAAGACUUGAAUCAACUAUCAGGAAGGCCCAUGAGAUUCACAUACCAAGAACUAGGAGUAGCAACUUGGGAUUUCGAGAAGAAGCUUGGAGGAGGAGGGUUUGGAUCAGUUUUUGAAGGAAUUCUAGAAAAUGGAGAAAAAAUUGCAGUAAAGCGCCUAGAUGCUUUAGGCCAAGGGGAGAAGGAAUUCUUGGCUGAGGUCAAAACUAUAGGAAGCAUCCAUCAUGUCAACCUGGCGAGGCUAAUUGGAUUCUGUGCUGAUAAAUUGCAUAGGCUUUUAGUCUAUGAGUUCAUGUGCUGUGGGUCUUUGGAUAAGUGGAUUUUCUGCAGGGAACCACUACUACAUCCUCUGGACUUCCAAACUAGAAGAAACAUUAUCAUGGAUAUAGCAAAGGGGCUGGCCUAUCUCCAUGAAGAAUGCAGACAAAGAAUAGUCCACUUAGACAUCAAACCACAAAACAUUUUGUUGGAUGCAAAUCUGCAUGCUAAGAUCUCUGAUUUUGGCUUGUCUAAGUUGAUUGACAAGGAUCAAAGUCAAGUGGUGACCACAAUGAGAGGAACUCCUGGGUACUUGGCUCCUGAAUUAUUCAGCUCAGUCAUCACAGAGAAGGCAGAUGUUUAUAGUUUUGGAAUCGUAGUCAUGGAAGUCGUCUGCGGAAAGAAAAAUCUGGAUAGGUCACAGCCUGAGUGCAUGCAUUUGCUCCCUAUUCUUAUGAAGAAGGCACAGGAGGAUCAAUUGAUUGAUAUGGUUGACAAUAGCAGUGAGGAUAUGCAAUUGCACAGGUUAGAAGCUGUGGAGAUGGUGAGGGUUGGUAUUUGGUGUCUGCAAAGUGAUCACACAAGGAGGCCUAGCAUGUCAACCGUGGUUAAGGUCUUAGAGGGCAACAUGGGUGUUGAAGCAAACCUAGACUAUGGCCUUCAGAAUGCAACAACAAUGGCAGCAAUAAGAAGAGAGGCAGUGCUGGGCAGUACUGCCACAUUGCUGCCAUCACUACUAUCAGGACCAAGGUGAAGAAAGAUUUUUUGCGAAAUAUAUGUGGUGUUUAUGUUUCUCUGAUAGGUGUUUUACCUUCAGUUCUAUUUAUAUCGCUAUUGUAAUGUUAUCUGGGAAAUUGUUCAAUUAGCAUAAAGUGUGACAGGAAAGCAUGAAAAACUGCAAGAAACUCCCGGCUACAAUUAGCUGCUUACUACAAGUAAAAUAACUACCAAGUAAAUUCUAGCUCCAA